AAAUAACAACAGAACCACGUGGUAUAUUCAUAUCAGUUUCGAUUUUGACAUUACGUUAGAUAGAGGGCAACAAUCUCUUCGGCUAAAAGAUAACCCGAAAUAUUACAAGAGACCGGACGUUAUUUAUAUGGUUGUGUUUAAAAGACUUUUGACGCUGAUUGUUAAUCGAAGCUAUUUUUCGUCGCUCGGAAAAAACAUGAGUCUGGAAGGUGCAAAACGAAUUGCUGCAUAUAAAGCUGUUGACGAGUGGGUCAAACCGAACACAACAGUCGGUAUUGGCAGCGGAUCAACUGUGGUCUAUGCCGUCGAUCGUUUAAAGGAGCGUGUCACCAACGAAAACUUAAACGUAUUUUGCAUUCCAACCAGCUUUCAGGCGAGACAAUUGAUAAUAAACAGUGGACUGGUACUGUGCGACCUAGAAACACAUCCUACUCUGGAUUGUGUCAUCGAUGGGGCUGAUGAAGUAGAUUCCAAUUUGACGCUGAUAAAAGGUGGAGGCGGUUGUUUGCUGCAGGAAAAAAUUGUGGCUUCGUGUGCUAAGACAAUGAUUGUUAUCGCUGAUUACACAAAGGACUCGGUGAAACUAGGCGAUCAAUACCAGAAAGGUAUUCCAGUCGAAGUUGUACCGAUGGCAUACGUUCCAAUAAAGAAGAAGAUCGAGUCGAUGUUUGGAGGUUCGUUGAAUCUUCGAAUGGCUGUGGCAAAAGCCGGACCAUGCAUAACCGACAACGGAAAUUUCAUAUUGGACUGGAAGUUUACGAACAAAGACGUCGAUUGGAACGUUGUCAAUCGUGAAAUACUGAUGAUACCGGGCGUCGUCGAAACGGGCCUAUUCGUUAAAAUGGCUGCCAAAGUGUAUUUUGGUAUGGCUGACGGUACGGUUAAAGAGAGAUAAGUCGGAGCUGUACGUAUCUCACAUAAAUAAUGAUUUGAAUUUUCUAUUUUUGUUUAAUUUUUUAUAUAAAUUACUUAAACACUAGGGGGGGGGGGGGCAAGAAUGAUUACAUAAAUAAUAUAAACACAAUUUUCGACUAA